AUGAACGUAGAAGAAGACAGAAAGAAAGAAACUGAUCCUGUGUAUGAGGAUCCUAUUGAUAUUCCAUUAGAUAAUGAAGAAGAAGAAGAAGAAGAAGAAAAUGAUGUAAAUGUCGAGUCUAACCAAGAUGUCAAUCCUGCUAUAACGUCUAAUACGUCAACGACGACAACAACAACAGAACAAAUAGUAUCCAUAUCUAAUACAGCAAAAUUUCAAACUAAAUUAUCAAAGUCUGUUUCUAAUGUCAAUGAAGAUAAUGAAUCUAAUCAAGAACCUGCUACUAAAAAAAUCAAAAUAGAUAAUAAUGCUCCUUCUUCUUCUUCCUCUUCUACCACCACCACUGCUACUAAUUAUAAUAACUCUAAUCCUACCAAUAAUAAUAGUAGUCCUAUCGAAAAUGAUAAAGAUAAACACCAAAAUAAAGAAAAAGAAAACCCCCCUAAAUAUGAUCCGAGUAAAAGUAAAAAAGUUCCUUUACAUCUAUUAGAAAAAAGAAGAAUAGGUCGUAUUAAAGCAGCUGAAGAAUUUGCUAGAAGACUGAAAAUUAUUGGGAUCGAAAAAGUUGAAUCAACUACUCUGCCUUCUUCCGGUGGGUUUCAACCUUUAACUGUCAUCAAUCAAAAAAAUUAUUCCUCUGAUUAUAUUAAAAAAGAUGACCAAAUAUUUGCUAUAAGAGAAAGAAAAUCCUUGAGAAAUAACAACUCCUCAAAUGACACAGAUAAAUCUAAUACAUCCUAUAUAUCAGAAUACACUGCAAGAAAUGACGAGAUUGAUUUUAGUAACCCUUCAUCCACAAUCAUCAUUCAGCCUGGUUCGGACUCUAUUAAAAUAGGUUUUGCAUUGGAUAAUAAACCCUUAAUAAUACCAAACUGUGUUGCAAUUCCGACCACAAAAUUUAAUGAAGGCCAUCAAAGAGUCCAAAAAACUAAUAGAUUGCAAGAAGCUCAACCUGAGGAAUUUUAUUCUUUAAAAGACCACUUACAGUCCACUUUUAAACAAAGAAUGCGUUACUAUAAGAGAAAAAUUCAAUCUAACAGUUAUGAUCAGGUCAGUGGGUUCAAUGCAGUGACUCGUGGAGAACCAAUCCCCGAUCAGCAUGACCUUGGCAGAAUAUCCUGGAUUCAAACUCCACAUGACGAUGAAAUUUUCAUUGGUGAGAAUGCUUUAAGAUGUACUAACGAAAAUUUUAUCCAUAGGAAACCAUUCUGUUGUUCAAGCACCGGAACAAUUUUCAAUAUUACUGACGAAAACUACUCUUCCAUUGAAGAGGUAUACAGUGAUGUGACAAGAAUCCUAAAAUAUGCCAUCAGAGAACUAAUUGCUAGAAGAAAAGAGACCAAGAACAACAAAGCAAAUAUGGAUCUCCUAACAUCAGAACAAACUAAAGCGUUGGAUGAAGAUAUUAACGAAAAGACAAUCUUUAAAGGGGUCUUGAUAAUUCCAGAUAUAUACGAGAAAUCACACGUCGAAAAUAUGAUCCGUCUAUUAUUAAACGAAAUGUCCUUUUCUGCGGUCGCCAUUAUGCAAGAAUCACUAGCAGCAUGUUAUGGAUCUGGAACAGGUGUUUCUUCCUGUGUGGUUAAUGUAGGUGCUACAAAGACAACUGUGGCCUGUGUAGAUGACGGUGCCGUAGUGGAGAAUAGUUGCGUGACAUUAGAUUAUGGUGGUGAUGAUAUUACAAGGCUAUUUGCCAAAUUGCUAUUAAUGAGUAAUUUUCCAUACGAAGAUUGGGAUAUGAACAAUAUUAGCGGUUGGAGAAACGCAGAGGCAUUGAAAAAGCAAUGCAUAACUUUCCAGGAUAUUGAUGUUACAACACAACUAUUCAAUUUCAUAAGACGUAUCCCUAAUGAGAGAACUGAGAAAAUUGAUUUCAAAACAUUCGAUGAAGUCAUGCUAGCUCCAUUAGCUCUAUUUGAACCUCAAAUUUUUACAUACUUGAAACAAAAUGGAGAAAAUGUUGUCCUCAACAAAAUUUUAAGACAGCAGAUUCCUAUUUCAAGAGACUUAUUUACUAAUUUACCCAAUGAUCUAGGCUCAUUGACCCAUGAAAACUGUCAAAAUCAUACAACUUAUGCUGAUUUUCAGAAUGAUUUUAAUUUGAUAAAAAAUAUAUUAGACAAUGUUCUUGAGAACAGAGAGGUGGAAACAUCUACUACAAAUCACAAUAAAAAAUUGAACAUGGUACCUUUGGAUAAAGCUAUUAUCCAAUCAAUAACAAAUGCUGCAUUGGAAGUUGACAUAGCUAAGUUAAGUGUAUUUUACUCAAACAUUCUUAUUAUUGGUGGUUCUUCUAGUAUCCCUGCAUUCGAUUUCAUGCUGACUGAUCGUAUCAACAUUUGGAGGCCUAGAAUUUUAAGUUUAAAUUCCUUUGGCACUUUUUACAAACAUCUAUUGGAAAAGAUCAAGGACUUAGAAACAACCAACAAAAACCACUCCACAAAUACUGUUCCCAAUCAAAGCAGUACGGCUAAUAACACCAAAAAUGAGGGAGAUGAAGACGGUGAGGAAGAAAGUAUGGAAAGUGCAGACAAUGAAUCACAAAAGGAUACACACUCUAUAAACGACGUUAGCGAAAAUAGUUUGAAAGAACAAAUUGACGCAAUGGUAAGACAAGAGUUGGACCAGUAUCUACGAAAAACUGAAACUCAUACAUCUGGUGAGCAUUAUUUACCAGUUACAGUUAUACCUGCACCGAAUGAUAGAGAUCCUUCGUUAAUUCUUUGGAAAGGUGCAGCAGUCUUGGCUCAAAUAAAACUGAUUGAAGAACUGUAUAUUACUUCUACUGAUUGGGAUGUUCAUGGAAGCAGAAUACUUCAACACAAGUGCUUAUUUGCAUAUUAG